GGGGGUCCCGGGUUUGGGAGACGGUGUUGGCAGCUAAGGCAGCAGCGCGCCGCCCCCUGCGCUUUUCACAGCGUGGCUCCGGCACCCGCGGCCUGGGCACCGGGGCCGGUGUCCCGCGGCUGGGCUGCAUUCUGCGGAGUAGCCGCGCUUGUCUCUGCUCCCCGAGACCCUUGUCCUUUCCGCUGCCCCCGGGACGCGGUGGCUGGCCACCUCUCUGAAUCCGGGUGAGAGGCGGUGUAGGGGAGCACACUCGAAGGAGUGGGUUUCGAGCCUGGGGAAAGGAGGGCCACGCUGGGGAAUUUCCGGAGAUUUGAGACUAACCUAGAAGAGAUGGAGGAGGGGAUCCCAACAAGAGUCCUGGGCAGGGUCUCGGGGUCCGAACCUGGCCUGGGGGCAUGGGAGCCCGGAUUGGGGGGAGUGAGCCCCACGUGCCUGUGACGCGGGGGCGCCGGGUAGGCGGCGGCGGCGGCGGCGGCAGCGACGCGGGGCCGGCGGCCGUGCAGUGCCGGGAGGGUGGCGAAGCAGGCUGCAGGAUGCUGCGCGCCGCACUGCUUCUGCUGCUCCCGGCGGGGGCGGGGGCCACAGACGAACCCACCCAGGAGUCGGUGCCGUUGGGUGAGCCUCCUCCAGGCUUGGCCCUCUUCCGCUGGCAGUGGCACGAGGUGGAGGCGCCCUACCUGGUGGCCCUGUGGAUCCUGGUGGCCAGCCUGGCCAAAAUAGUUUUUCACCUGUCUCGGAAGGUAACAUCUCUGGUCCCUGAGAGCUGCCUGCUGAUUUUGCUGGGCCUGGUGCUGGGAGGCAUCGUCUUAGCUGUGGCCAAGAAGGCUGAGUACCAGCUGGAGCCAGGGACCUUCUUCCUUUUCCUGCUCCCUCCCAUUGUACUCGACUCAGGCUAUUUCAUGCCGAGCCGUCUGUUUUUUGACAACUUGGGUGCCAUCCUCACCUAUGCUGUGGUGGGCACACUCUGGAAUGCCUUCACAACAGGUGUUGCCCUUUGGGGCCUGCAGCAGGCUGGACUUGUAGCCCCCCGGGUCCAGGCUGGCCUGCUGGACUUCUUGCUGUUCGGAAGCCUCAUCUCAGCGGUGGAUCCUGUGGCUGUGCUGGCUGUCUUUGAGGAGGUGCACGUCAACGAGACUCUCUUUAUCAUCGUCUUUGGAGAGUCCCUGCUCAAUGAUGCAGUCACUGUGGUGCUCUACAAGGUCUGCAACUCCUUUGUGGAGAUGGGCCCUGCCAAUGUGCAGGCCACUGACUACCUAAAGGGAGUCGCCUCCCUGUUUGUGGUCAGUCUGGGCGGGGCAGCCGUGGGCUUAGUCUUUGCCUUCCUCCUGGCCCUGACCACACGCUUCACCAAGCGGGUCCGCAUCAUCGAGCCGUUGCUGGUCUUCCUCCUCGCCUACGCAGCCUACCUCACUGCUGAAAUGGCCUCGUUGUCUGCCAUUCUUGCGGUGACCAUGUGUGGCCUGGGAUGUAAGAAAUACGUGGAAGCCAACAUCUCCCAUAAGUCGCGCACAGCUGUCAAAUAUACCAUGAAAACCCUUGCUAGCUGUGCCGAGACAGUCAUCUUCAUGCUGCUUGGCAUCUCAGCCGUGGACUCUUCCAAAUGGGCCUGGGACUCUGGGCUGGUGCUGGGCACCCUCUUCUUCAUCCUGGUCUUCCGAGCCCUCGGGGUAGUCCUGCAGACGUGGGUGCUGAAUCAGUUCCGGCUGGUUCCUCUGGACAAGAUUGACCAGGUGGUGAUGUCCUAUGGGGGCCUUCGGGGGGCUGUGGCCUUUGCUCUCGUCAUCCUACUGGACAGGACCAAAGUCCCUGCCAAGGACUACUUUGUGGCUACCACUAUUGUGGUGGUUUUCUUCACAGUCAUCGUGCAGGGUUUGACCAUCAAGCCACUGGUCAAGUGGCUGAGGGUGAAGCGGAGUGAUCAUCACAAACCUACCUUGAACCAGGAGCUGCAUGAGCACACUUUUGACCACAUUCUGGCUGCAGUGGAGGACGUUGUGGGGCACCAUGGUUACCACUACUGGAGGGACAGGUGGGAACAAUUCGACAAGAAGUACCUGAGUCAGCUGUUGAUGCGGCGGUCAGCCUAUCGAAUCAGAGACCAGAUCUGGGAUGUGUACUACAGACUCAACAUCCGAGAUGCCAUCAGUUUUGUGGACCAGGGAGGCCACGUCUUGUCCUCGGCAGGACUCACUCUGCCCUCUAUGCCUAGCAGAAAUUCUGUGGCAGAGACCUCUGUCACCAACCUGUUGAGGGAGAGUGGUAGUGGAGCCUGUCUGGAUCUGCAAGUGAUUGACACAGUACGCAGUGGCCGGGACCGGGAGGAUGCUGUGAUGCAUCACCUGCUCUGUGGAGGCCUCUACAAGCCACGGCGCAGGUUCUGCAGAAUAAGCUUCAGCGGUUUCCAGGCAGCUUUACUCACACAGGCCCUCUGUCUCCAGUACCCUCCUCUGACUCUGAUGUGUCUUUGGCCAUGAGAAGCCUCUCCUCACUCACCUCAUGGAGGAGCUACUAGAUGGCUGUCUAGGGGAAGUUGUAGGGGCUCACUAACUUUCCUAGUUCUAGACUUCCUAUUAAUGCUGCCCAGGAUCCCUGGUUUGGCUCACUAAUUAAGGACUUCAUACUGUCUCCACACUCUGCCAUUACCCUCCUGUCUUCCUCAGAUAAUAGCUGUCAGACCCACCUCAUCCAACUUUUCUUUUCCUUUUCAUGUUUUUCUUUUGCAAAAUUUUAGUGGAGAGAACGAAAUAACUCUGAUUUAUCUGUUACCCGACUCUAAUAAUUAUCUGUGCAUGAUGAAGUUUUUUACGGUCUAUAACCCACCACACCCUGCCCACACUUUAUCUUACAGCAGACUCCAGACAUCCUGUCACAUCAUCUAAUAAACAUCUCACUAUAUGGCAAGAGCUCUUUGUUUAUUUUAUCUUAUUUUUAAAUUUUGGCUUCUUUGACACAUAGUCUUGCUAGUUGCCUUAGGACUGGGUUCAAACUGGGAAUUCUCUUGCCUCAGCCUCCCAAGUACUCUGAUUACAAGGGCGAACCACCACUCCAGCUCUCAAGAACGUUAAAAGAUAAGGUUAGGCUAAGGAGAUAGGACAGCGGUAGAACAUUUGCUUAGCAUCUGUGAGGCCCUGGGUUUGAUUCCCCAGCACUUCAAAAGUCAAAUCAAAUCAUAGUACUGCUAUUAUAAUAAUUCCUUAUAUCAAAUACCCAGUCAGUGUUCAAUAAAUACCUGUUUUUCCUAGCUGGUUACAUAAGUCAAGAUCCAAAAUAAGUUCACAAUUUAUAUCUGGAAAAUAUGACCUCCAUUAAGAAAAACUAUAAUAGUUUCUUCUUCCUUCCCCUCUUGCUAUUUAUUGAAGAAACUAGAUACUAUAUAUUGGAGAAUUUACCAUUUUUCUAGAUUUUUCUGAUUGUAUCCCAGUGUUACUUAGCACAUUACUCCAUUUCUUAUAUUUUCUGGUUAUUAAAUCUGCAGCUUAAGCAGAUUCAGGGGCUUUCAGGUGUGCUAUAUACUUCUUAUUGUGUUACUCAGAGAGAGCACGUGGUUGUGUGUCUGCGCACGCGCAUGCACGCUUGACUGGUGGGUUUGAUUCAGUUCUUGUGUCGUCAAUUUAAAAAGAACUAGAGUAAGUUUGUACUUAUUUGCUAAAGUUGUCUUAUUUAAUUUGGCCAUCAUUCCAUCGUUUGGAUCCCAUGUCUAUCACCAAAUGUCUCUUUCACAGAUUCAUAUCAUCUGAAAACUUGCUAAGCCUGUUAAUUUUAUAUUCAUCUAAAUCAUCAUAAAUAUUGAACAGGAUAGAGUUGGGGAUAGAGCCCUGUGGCAUAGUACUAAAGACUUUCCUCCAGACUGACAUGGAUGGAGCAUUUUGGGGUAUGGUUAGUCAUCUAGUUCUGAAUCCACUUAGUUGCACCAUGACACGGUCCUUAAUUCCUUAUGUUCUCUCCAGGAUUAGUAUUAGAGACAGUAUAUAGUUAAUUAAGAUUAUAGCUUAAGAGAGAUAAAGGGGCUGGAGAGAAAGAUUUGGAAGCGCGCACAGCAGAGCUCUCCUCGUUUGACUGUCCCGGAAUUCCCUGAGAAGCUUGAUAGAAUAUCCUUGGCUUCACCGCCUAGAGGUUUAGAUCCUGUAAUGUGGAGCGGGACUAAGAAUCUUUGUUUUUAAUAAGCCCCCCUGAUGAUUCAAAUGCAGCUGGUCUGGUGCCUGCUGUUUUGAAACUGCAGAUCAUGUCACUGGGUUAGUUGAAGUGGAGAGAGUGUAAGUUCUCUGGGGAGAGUGUUUAGAAAAAAAGAGAACAGAGCCAAGAAUAAUACAGAGGAAUAUACGUGGAGAAAGGAAGAGGGAGCCAGCAAAGGAGAGAACGGAACCCUUGGAGAAGAUAGAGCAGAUAGUGUCUCUGCCUGGGGAGAAGAAGGACUGGCUGACGUACAGAGGUCAGGACUGGUGACCAGGGAGAAGGCAGCAUUGCAGACUGGAAUAGCAUUUUGGGUGUUUAAGGAAAUACUAGACAGGAAGGAAAGUGUCCCAAACAAUUUAUAAGCGCUUGGCCUCAAAAGGGAGCUAGUAGUGGCAACGAGAGGACCUUAAAAACAAGGGCAGGAGCUUGUUUGGAAGCGGAGGUCAGGUGGCUGCUGUAAGCCAAGUAAAGAUGCAGGAGAAAUGGGAGGAGCUGAGAACUGAGGGAGGCAGGAAGGAGUGAGUUGAGCAAAGCGGAGACAGGACCACGUUGCCCUAGAGGUGGGGCGGCAUUUCCAGGUACUUUCCAGAGAAGAAAAGCAGAUGGGAGACGUCAAGGAGCUCACAGAAGUGGUUCAGAGAAACAGAAAAUACGAGGAAGAAGAAAGGAACCAAGCCAGGUUGGGGUGGUGCACACCUUUAAUCCCAGCAAUCAUGACGCAGAGGCAGGCAGAUCCCUUGUGAGUUCAAGGCCAGCCUGAUCUACAGAGAGAGUUCUAGAACACUGUAGCCAGAGCUACACAGUGAAACCCUGUCUUGAAAAACUCAAAGAAAAAAAGAAAGAAAGAAAGGAAAAGAACCAGAUAGAAUGUGAAGCAAGACAGAGUGACCAGGAGGAUCUAGGCAGUACCUUGGUGAUUACCUUCCCCUAUACAGGAAAAGGUUGCUAAGCUCCCAAGAGCAGAAAUAGGCAAGCUGGGUGAGUGUGUGGAGGGCUUGGUCUGUAUGAGAAAGAGUUAAAAGGAGCAGAUAAAGAGUUGGCCCUAAAUUAAGUACGCAGUGCUGGGGCCAAGAGGACCUAGGGCAGGUAGUUAGGAAAGUCCAAAGCAUAGGCCUGAUGUUGUGGUAGUUGUAGAAAUGUCUAGAAGGAAGACAGCCAGCAAGAGGAUCCUGUGUAGCACCCUGGGGCUAUGUGGGCUGGAUGUGUGAGCCACACAGAGAUAAAUGGACAUGCAAAGGAUAUGGCUCUGUGGCUUUACUGUAGCCCCAGGGAACAAAGUACAGAACCCCUGCCUCUUAUCACCUCCAAUUAGAUAGGGCGGAGGAAAGGGCAGCAGAGGAUGAAGAAAGCCAGGUUUGGAGGAGUAAUUUGUGGGGAAAGGAAGUUUUCCCUAGUGAACUGACUGGUUCAGAGCCCCUGGCUCUAGUCCUUUUGUGUGAUUUAUUUUUAUUUUAUUUUUAUUUUUUGGUUUUUUGAGACAGGGUUUCUCUGUGUAGUUUAGGUGCCUGUCCUGUAACUCACUCUGUAGCCCAGACUGGCCUUGAACUCACAGAGAUCCGCCUGCCUCUGCCUCCUGAGUGCUGGGAUUAAAGGCCUGAGCCACCACCCCCGGCCUUUAGUUUUAUUUUUUAAUCCAUGGCUAAUUGUGGAAAAGCUGCACUGGCAGGACACGUGAUGAACAUGUUGGGGUUGUGGCCUGGGGUCCCUGUGGGAGGCCAAGGCGCCCAGCCUCAUGGCAUGGUCGGGCUGUCAU